GAAUACAUAAAAAGGAGUAUCAAGAGGCCAUCACGUGGAUGCAGGAAAAGAAAAAUUUACAAAUUAGCGUGGCACUUAGCGUUAUGAUUUCACCAUCAUUUGGAACAGACUUUGAUGGAUCUUCAGCUUCUUUGACCAAUUUAACUUCAGUACCACCCUGCACGUCAUCUCCUGAGACGUUGUCUUCAACUUCAAUUCCACAUUCUGAUAACGAAAUUCCUUCACUUUCAUUAAGAAAUUCUUCAAUUUGGGUAUGA